GCAUUUCUUUUGGUUUUCUUUAAAGACUGCUGUGAAUAAUGUUGCAGAAAGCAGCACGCAAUGCGUAUACAUGGUGGUGGGCCAGCCAUAUCAGAACAAAGCAGUCAAAAUGGUUGGAGCAGAACCUCCAGGAUAUGGAGGAAAAGGUGGGUGAGAUGCUCAAAAUCAUCGAUGACGAUGGGGACUCGUUUGCCCAAAGGGCGGAAAUGUACUACCGAAAGAGGCCAGAGCUUGUAAGUCAUGUAGAAUACUCAUACAGGUCAUAUCGAGCAUUAGCAGAAAGAUACGAUUACCUUUCGAAAGAGUUGCAGAGUGCCAACCGCACAAUUGCAACCGUGUUUCCUGAGCAAGUUCAGUUUGAUAUAUAUUCUGAAGAUGAAGAUGAUAAAAGUGAAACAUCUACUAUUGACAAUGAGAAACCACCCGAAGCUGUCAUCCCAAAAGUCCCUGCAGUUCCAAUGAAAGAUUUCCUGAAGAGUCCUCCAAUGGGACUGCCAAGAAAGGGGCUAAAGAAAUAUAGUGCUUCUGCUAAACCUCCUACAACACCAUCAAAAUCAGGCCUCACCAAAAGCAAAGCACUCGAGGAAAUUGACAAGCUUCAGAAAGGAAUCUUGGCAUUACAAACUGAGAAAGAGUUUGUUAAGAGUUCAUAUGAAUGUGCUUCAGAAAAGUAUUGGGACAUCGAGAAUCAGGUAACUGAAAUGCAAGCCAAUGUGAGCCGCUUACAGGAUGAAUUUGGAAUUGGGACUGUUAUAGAGGACAAUGAAGCUCGAACUUUGAUGGCCGCCACAGCUCUCAACUCAUGCCAAGAGACCUUGUCUAAGUUGCAAGAGAAACGAGAGCGGUCAGCUGGAAUGGCAAGAGUAGAGUUCGAAAGGAUCUUGGAGUAUCAUGAGAAGUUUGCAAGCCUAAAAAAUCAGUUUCUUCCCAACCAAAAUAAUGAACACAAACCCUUUACCUCAAAGAAAAAUGUAUCUUUGAGUGCAGCAUCAGCUUCACAAUUAGAGGGCUUAGAUCCAGAGUUUAGUAGCAUGGAAAAUAGUGAAAAUGUGAAACUGUUGAGGGAUAAAUUUAAGGAGCAGCUUGGAGUUGAUUCAAAUUCGUCCCUUUCAAUGAGCAAACUGGUUGACAUGAUUAAUAAACUUGCAGAUAAAGUUGUUAAUUUGGAAUAUCAAGUCUCUUCUCAUGCGGCUAUGGUGAUGAGAUUAAGUUCAGAAAAUGAUCAGUUUCAGGCAGACAUUCAGAGCCUUGAAAGGGACAAGGAAGCUCUGAUUGCAGAUUCGGAUAAGACCAACAAAAGGCUAGUAGAGCUGGAGAAAGAGUUGGCUAGAAUAAAAAGUCUCAACCAAAUCAUUACAGAUCAAAACAACAACCUCCAAACACAUCUCACUGAAGUAAGUUGUAAUGUUGAUUACUUGUCCGAGAAGCUAAAAAGUGUGGACAUGGAAGAGCAUGUCCAGGAUGCAGGAUUUUUCCCACAAGUGAAAGCAGCUUCAGAUUCAAAAGAAGAAAGUAAAAUCGAAGAAGAAGAAGAAAAGCUGGUUUCUGACACUGGUGACAGUGCAAUGAGCAUAACAGACCCAGAACCUGAGAAGGAAAAUAAUACUUCGGUUCUCAGGAAUUCUAUCGAAGCUGAAGAAGAAAACAUUGUUGAUUCCCGCCUAAACGUUAAGCCUGGGGCUAAGCCUGAGGAGUUGAGAUUGACCAAUGAGGAGAAAGACGAUAAGAAAGAAAUGCCCGAUACAAGAAGCUGCAAUCUUAAUACUGAUCUUGAAGAACUUGGAAUUGAAGAGGGAAAUCCAAACAGGAGGAUGCUCUCGCCUGGAUUAGAGGAAAGAGAGAAAAGUCUACCAGAGGACUACACUUCAGUUCUUCAGAAUUAUCAGGAUGUGAAGAGAAAGCUGAGUGAAGCAGAGAAGAAAAACCGGGAUGGAUUUUUAGAAUUGGCAUUGCAGAUAAGGGAAUUGGAAAAUGCUGUUGCCUACAGAGAUGAUGAGAUUCAAUCUUUACGAAGUAAAAUCAGCUCACCGCGAAGCAGCAUGGCAGACUCUCAUCAGGGAGGAUCAACAUGCCGUGAAAGCAUAUCACAUGCAGGCUUCUCCCCAGAAAUGGAUUUUUCAUCACAAGCUUCGCCACAACCCGUUCCAGGCAGUGAAUAUAGUUACGAUUUCAAUGAGACAACCCAACUGAAAAAGUCACCUCAAAAAUAUUUCAAGGCAAACCUCAAGAAUCCCACUUGUUCAACUGGAGAAGAAAAAAUCCGUUCAAAUAUCGAUGAACUUCUGGAAGAAAACCUGGAGUUCUGGUUGAGGUUCAGCACUUCUUAUCAUCAAAUACCCAAGUUCCAAUCUACAGUAAGUGAUCUGAAAGCAGAAUUAACAAAACUGAAGAGGAAUGAAAAGAAAGAAGAUAAUCGAAAACAUCCGGAUCUUCCGUCUGAUCCUCGAGCCAUAUAUAAACACUUGAGAGAAAUAAAAACAGAACUAAGAGUGUGGUUGAAAAACAAUGAAGUUCUGAAAGAUGAAUUGCAUGGAAGAUAUUCAUGUUUGUGCAAUAUCCAAGAAGAGAUAGCAAACGCAGGUGGAAAGGCUGAAGAGAAUGGAUUAAGUAAUUACCAAGCGGCAGAGUUCCAAGGUGAGAUUCUAAACAUGAAGCAGGAGAACACCAAGAUCGCGGAUCAAUUGCGUGUAGGACAUGAACGUGUUGAGAAGCUGAAGACGGAGGUGAAAUCCAUACUGGCUGAACUUGAUGAAGAAUUUCGAAGACGAGGAGCCACAAAGAGCCCCAGUAAAGCAGCAAGAAUUCCCCUGCAUUCUUUCUUGUUUGGAGUCAAGCUAAAGAAGCAUAGACAAAAGCCAUCACCCUUUUCCAAAUGAUUCCCAAAUUACAGAAACAGUAGAAUGGUCUAGCUGUGGCUGGACAUUUUCCAUAAUUUUUUAUCAUUGCCUGUUGCAUGUUAUUUAAUCCAUAAUGUAAUUUCUUCUGUUGUUAAACACUAAAUUAGCUUAAUUGCAUAAUAGAACCUCAUUGUGCUUC